CUCUCUCUCUCUCUCUCUCUCUCUCUCUCUCUCUCUCUGUGUGUGUUCGGCUCGAUCAAACCCUUUAGUCAUCUUUUCUUCUUCUUCAAUGGAGGGUUUCUACACCCACCUUUGCAUUUUUCUUUUCUUCCUACUUACAUGGCCCACCAUAUCAGUUCAAGGCCAAGGUACACGUGUAGGGUUCUACUCUUCCACGUGCCGGAGUGUCGAGACCAUCGUCCGUAACACGGUGCAAGCACAUUUCCGCUCUGAUGCCACAAUUGCACCAGGGCUUCUCCGCAUGCAUUUCCAUGAUUGCUUUGUCAACGGUUGUGAUGGGUCGAUUCUCCUUAAUGGGCCCAAUGCCGAGAAGACCGCCCUACCCAAUCGCCUCUUGAGGGGAUACGAUGUUAUUGACGAUGCUAAGGCUCAGCUGGAAAGAGAAUGCCCUGGUGUCGUGUCGUGCGCCGAUAUUCUGGCACUUGCCGCUCGGGAUUCUGUUGUUCUGACAAGAGGACUAACCUGGAAUGUGCCCACCGGUCGUAGAGACGGGACGGUCUCAUUAGCAUCUGACACUGAUAAUCUGCCGUCCUUCACUGACUCAGUCGAUGUGCAGAAGCAGAAGUUCACUGAUAAGGGCCUCAACACUCAGGAUCUCGUCACCCUCGUUGGUGGGCAUACCAUAGGAACCACAGCGUGCCAGCUUUUCAGAUACAGACUGUAUAACUUCACUACAACCGGCAACGGUGCCGAUCCGACAAUCAAUCCUGCCUUCGUCACUCAACUACAGACUCUUUGCCCAGCCAACGGUGACGGUAGCAGGCGUGUGGCAUUGGACACCAGCAGUGAAAACACGUUCGAUGUCUCCUUCUUUACAAACUUACGGAAUGGCCGUGGAGUACUUGAAUCUGAUCAGAAACUCUGGACGGAUGCUUCCACCAGGACUUAUGUGCAACGCUACUCUGGUGCUAUUAGGGGUCUUCUCGGACUAAGAUUCGAUAUCGAGUUUGGGCGAUCGAUGGUGAAGAUGAGCAACAUUGGAGUGAAGACGGGGACCGUUGGAGAGAUUCGAAGAGUCUGCUCUUCUGUUAAUUAGAGAAUUAGAUUUGGGUUAUUGAAGUAUCGAUCUGUUUGUAAUCUUAUGAUUUUAAGAAAUGUUAUUUUCUCCUCAAGUUUGGAGAAUUUUCAAAUUCUAGGGUGGAUAAUGUAAUUCUCUUCUUUCAAUGGAUUGUUUGGGAGUAUAAAUGGUAGAUGUGGUGAUGCAAUUGGAUAUGAUGAGGUUUUUGAAUUUUAGUAUCCAAUGCGUCAGCAGAUGGACGGUUUGAUGGCCCGCAUGAUUCUG